AUGGUGCUGGUUCUCUUCUCAGUCUCGACCUUCGUCGAACCGGGUACGGAAGUUGCGGUGGUGGGCAGCAGCCCCUCCCUGGGCACUUGGUGUCCGGAGAAUGCGAUCCCCCUUUACCCGCAAACCAAAAUCCUUUCGUCCCUUAUCCCUACCACGUUCAUGAACUGGAUUGACAUGCCCGAGAUUACUCUGCAACCCGGAAGUGGAACGUUAGGCAGCGGAGGAACACGGACUAGUGGUGGAAUGGGAAGCGGAACGGUCACUAGUGGAAAGCUGCCACGAGCGAGUCUGAACACCCGAGAGCCGAUUGGAUAUAAGUUCGUCCGGCAAGCUGGUGGGAAUAGUGGUUCUUCGACCCGGGCGUACCCCACACCGCUCUCGACGCCUACAAGGUCGGAUGAUAGCGCACAGCGCAUCAUCGACCUUUCGACGCGGCCUGUGAUUGAAGAGGCAACACGUACCCGCACCGUUUUCAAUAAGGACGGGCAUCGACCGCGGUUCGUACUCAACACAGAGUACGCCAGCGAGUGGACUGUUCGCAACAAGGAUGCUGUACAGUGGGAGGGUAGCGGUAGCCAGGACAACCGGUUCCUAGUAGGCACCUUCUUGGGUCGCGGGAACGAGGUGGAGGUUGAAGGCUUGGAAGUAUGCGAAGACCGCCAAGUCGACGACCGAGCCAACAUUCGCAGCCUGGCUCUGCACCCUCACCCGUCUUCUUCUCCUGGCGAAUCUGCUGGCCACGGGGUCCUGUCAUGGGUGUUCCUACCGGUUGCGGAUUUCUUCGAACCACAAGGUGUUUCGGAGUACAGUCAAACGACCCGAUAUUACUUUACGGUAAAAGGUUUGCGGAGCAUCCAUUUCGCGAAAGUCAUUGACAACGUGUUUGUGGGCAGCUGUCCCCGUUCAUUGGAGCAUUUGAGGUUGUUGAAACGGAUGAAUGUCGGGUGUGUUUUCAACUUCCAGGCGAACGACGACUUGCCUGAGAACUGGCUGAAUGAGGCAGACCCCAAGGAGACUCGCCACGCCGCGGCCUUGGCCGAAACGUACCACGCCGAGUCUCUGUCUCUUGUACAUCUACCAACCGUCGACAUGAGCACACCCGCCAGAUCCGCACUGAUGGCCCAAAGUGCCUGUCUCAUGGCGAACUAUUUAGCAGCCAACCUUGACCGUGCGAUUUACAUACACUGCAAUGCUGGAGUCGGACGUGCGGUGGCUGGCGCACUCAGCCUCCUACAUUUCGUGCUAGGCAUGCCCGAAGCGGAGGCCGUGGCCUUCCUUAAGCAACGUAGACCCAUGGCCUAUCCUGACCUUGUUGCACUUAGAGCCGGCCUGAAAGACUACACGCAGAAAUACGCAAAUAGUGUCAAGAAACUUCUUGGAGAACCGACGAUGUGA